GGCGCAUGCGCGGUUGCUGCUGGCCGGCGGCGCUUGCGCGGUGUCCUGGCGCUGCUCGGUGGCGGGGCCGGUGUGUGAGAGCGAGCGGCGGGAGGCUUCGGCGUGGCCAUGUCAGGGUCGGCGGGAUCUGGCGGAGCGGCCGGCUCGGCGCGCAAGCGGCUGAUGAAGGAGGAGGACAUGACGAAAGUGGAGUUCGAGACGAGCGAGGAGGUGGACGUGACGCCCACCUUCGACACCAUGGGGCUGCGGGAGGACCUGCUGCGCGGCAUCUACGCCUACGGUUUCGAGAAGCCCUCGGCCAUCCAGCAGAGAGCCAUCAAGCAGAUCAUCAAGGGGAGAGACGUGAUCGCCCAGUCCCAGUCAGGAACAGGAAAGACAGCAACGUUCUCCAUCUCUGUUCUGCAGUGUCUGGACAUACAGGUCCGUGAGACCCAGGCACUCAUCCUGGCACCGACUCGGGAGCUGGCUGUGCAGAUCCAGAAGGGUCUUCUUGCCCUGGGAGACUACAUGAACGUGCAGUGCCACGCCUGCAUCGGGGGCACCAACGUGGGCGAAGACAUCCGCAAGCUGGAUUACGGGCAGCAUGUUGUUGCUGGCACCCCAGGCCGUGUCUUUGAUAUGAUUCGUCGCCGAAGCCUGAGGACUCGCGCCAUCAAAAUGCUGGUUUUGGAUGAAGCAGAUGAAAUGCUCAACAAAGGUUUUAAGGAGCAGAUCUACGAUGUGUAUAGAUACUUGCCUCCAGCUACACAGGUGGUUCUGAUCAGUGCCACUCUGCCUCAUGAAAUCCUGGAGAUGACCAACAAGUUCAUGACAGAUCCCAUUCGCAUCUUGGUGAAACGUGAUGAGUUGACCCUGGAAGGGAUCAAGCAGUUUUUCGUGGCUGUGGAGAGGGAGGAAUGGAAGUUUGACACCUUGUGUGACCUCUACGACACACUCACCAUCACCCAGGCUGUCAUCUUCUGCAACACCAAGAGAAAGGUAGACUGGCUCACGGAGAAGAUGAGAGAAGCCAACUUCACAGUGUCCUCCAUGCACGGGGACAUGCCACAGAAGGAGAGAGAGUCCAUCAUGAAGGAGUUCAGAUCCGGCACAAGCCGAGUCCUUAUUUCCACUGACGUUUGGGCUCGAGGCCUGGAUGUGCCGCAGGUAUCCUUGAUCAUUAACUACGACCUCCCCAACAACAGAGAGCUGUACAUCCACAGGAUCGGCCGCUCGGGCAGGUACGGCCGCAAGGGCGUCGCUAUCAACUUCGUCAAGAACGACGACAUCCGCAUCCUGCGCGACAUCGAGCAGUACUACUCCACCCAGAUCGACGAGAUGCCCAUGAACGUUGCUGAUCUUAUCUGAAGGUCCAGGUUCAGCAGGGAGCUGCAGAGAUGCUGUGUGGUGGUAGCCUGCAUCAUUCUGUUUUAGCCCUACAUUAUCUUUUCAUAGUGCUGGUUGAGUUGAGCUGCACUUGGGACCUCGUGUAAAUAAUGUUCUUACUUUUACUGCCCCCCUCUGUGUUUUUCAAUUAAAAAUGGGAAUUUUACCAGAA